AUGCAAUCAUUCUCGCCGCCUGACGAGCCGAUGCAGCGACUAGAGACCACCAACAAGCUUGCAGGCACUCUCGUGCUCCUCCAUGACCCAUCUUUGCCAUCCUCCCAACCCAUCCCUCCACGAUUCGGCUACCUCUCGAAGUGCAACGGACGCGAGCACAGCUACAGUCAGGCAAUGCCCCGCAACCGAAUCAAUCGAACAUCGUACCCGUUCUCGCUGACACUCUCGGCUGUGCUACCGGUACAGCAGCGGCAUUCUUCGCGGCGCAGCGUUCCCCGGAUCGACAAAGAGAUCCUCCACGAACCACAACUUCAAUGUCAAAGCGACUGUCAGUCCUAUCCGCUCGCCGAUGACGGAACGACGCUCAAUCGGUACCGGCUGCAGGCAGUUAGUCCUAGCGGGCUUCCCACAGGACUUGCGGAGUGGGAGCAGACUCUGGCCGAACACCUGGAGCCAACGACUCCCGACAGUCGCGGAUUUGAUACCUGGUUCGGCCUCACCUCGCACAACGCCAAGUCACUGUGUACCUCUGCGGUGGAAUAUACGCCUGGAUUCGCGGAGCCUCCAUGUAUCAUGAAAAUGCCGGAAGAAAGUCAUUUGGAAAAUAUCCGGCCAGAGGACUUCGCUGAUCCGAUGGCGGAACUGAACUACCGCGUUGGCCAGGACAACGACCACAUCACAUCGAUCACAUCACAUCGAUCACGUCACACCGACACCUUCGGGGUUCCGGAAAACACCACUCCGCGACUUCUUGAUGACUCUGUGAACCCGGACGCUCACCUCCGACGCGAUGCACCGAGAGGUUCUAGGUAUCGUCAUUUCGCAGACUGCAUACCGAAGUUAACACCGUUCUGCGAAAGCAGAGGCGGCUUCGCUCUUACGCCACCGUUGAUAUCCGCUUCCGUCGUCCUCCACCUCGACCGCAACAGCAUCUCCAAUAAUCCGACAGAUUCCGUCGCCGAUAACCUCAAUGUCAGUUCCGAUCAAGUCAAUUUCGGCGGCCAGCUGAUGUCAAUUGGAAUUGCGGUUGCAGGAAUACCCACGAAUCUCGUCCUCCUGAGGCUCGAAGCUUCAGUCUGGACGAUUUACCAGUCUGGGGCAUCACCGCCCUAA